ACUUGUUUUGCAGCCUUCAAAAACUAAGUCAAAUUCUACAUGGACACUAUAUACUGUCUGACUCAGCAGCCAAAAAGCUGACAGAACUAUAUGUAUUUGUUCUGAUAUUAUGUCCUCUUUGUGUUGAAUUUUUGUACCCCUAUUUGUUAUAAUUUGUAUGGUGAUUUUUGUAUGUAAUAAAACAUACAAAAAUCUCCAAUUCGAAACGUCCAGUAGAUGGCGCCCUUGUAGUAUUCUCAUGUAAAGACACACUGAGCGUCUAUUCUGUUCGUGAAGGGUGGAUAUAUAAGUUGGGUAGGCUUAUUAUAUUUCAUUAGAGUAGGCCUAUUAUGUAGAUGCCAUCGUUUGGAAACAUCUUUAUUAUUAUGACUCAAAAGCCUUCAGGGAUAAAUCGUAAUAAAAUGCACGAACCACGCCCGCCACACAACUAGGAAGUCCCUUAAAAGCGUGCGCACUCUGAACAUUUUCAGUGAAGCAUUGGGCAGCACAAAAGGAAGAAUGGCAAACGCAGCUCCAAGCAACCAGAACCUUUUUACAUGCCCGAUUUGUCUUGAUCUACUGAAUAAUCCUGUGACUAUUCUUUGUGGACAUAGCUACUGUAUGGGCUGCAUUAAGGGUUACUGGGACCAGGAAGACCAGAAGGAAGUCUACAGCUGUCCCCAGUGCAGACAGACCUUCACUCCAAGACCCGUUUUGAACAAAAAUAAUGUUUUUGCUGAGCUUGUGGAGCAGAUGAGGAAGACCAGAAUCCAACCUGUUGAUCCAGUUCCAUAUAUUGCUGGACCUGAAGAUGUGGAUUGUGAUGUCUGCACAGGGAGAAAACUCAAAGCGGUGAAGUCCUGUCUGGACUGUCUUGUGUCCUAUUGUGCAACUCACUUGAAGGCCCACAAUGAUGUUAUCCUUGGGCGAAAGCACAAUGUAGUUAAUGCCACAGGUCAGCUACAGGAGAGGAUCUGUGCCCAACAUGAGAAGCCGUUGGAAAUAUUUUGUCGCACAGAUCAAACUUGUGUCUGUUUUCUCUGUAUGGUGGAUGAACACAAAGGCCAUGACACUGUGUCAGCCUCUGCAGCGAGGAAAGAGAAACAGGAAUAUUUUGGGGAGACCCAGAGAGGCUUUCAUCAGAGAAUCCAGGAGAGAGAGAAGGAACUGCAGGAUCUGAGGAAGGCUGUGGAGACUCUCAAGAUCGCUGCACAGACAGCAGUGGAGGACAGUGAGAGGAUCUUCACUGAGAUGAUCCGCACCAUUGAGAGAAGACGCUCUAAGAUGAAAGAGCUGAUCAGAGCUCAGGAGAAGGCUGAGGUGAGUCGGGCUGAAGGACUCCUGAAGCAACUGGAGCAGGAGAUCGCUGAGCUGAAAAGGAGAGAUGCUGAACUGGAUCAGCUUUCACACACGGAGGACCACAUCCAUUUCCUCAAGGCCUUCCAGUCAGUCAGUGCCUCACUGGAGUCCAAAGUCUUAUCCUGCGUCUAUGUUAACCAAAGACUCUCUUUUGAGGCUGUGAAGAAAUCUGUCUUUACACUGCAGGGGCAGUUGGAGACUCUCUGCCAGGAGAAAUUCAUGAAAAUGUGUGCAUCAGUGACUGAGAUCCAUGUUGUUUUGCCUUCUGACCCUACAACUAGAGAGGAAUUCCUACAAUACUCUUGUUACUUCACACUGGAUCCAAACACAGCACACAAAAAACUCCAUCUGUCUGAGGGGAACAGGAAGGUGGAGAGGAGAGCUGAUGACCAGUCAUAUCGUGAUCAUCCAGAGAGAUUUGAGAAUAAUGUUCAGGUUCUAUGUAGAGAAGGUGUGUCUGGACGCUUCUAUUGGGAGGUAGAUUGGAGUGGGCUUUUAGUUUUUAUAGCAGUCUCCUAUAAAAGCAUCAAAAGGAAAGGAGGGGGUAAUAGUUGUGGGUUUGGACGCAAUGAUCAGUCCUGGAGGCUGGAACUCGCCAAGUCCAGCUCCAGUUUCUGGCACAAUGAUAAACACACUAAACUCCCUCUGGUGGUCAGCUCCAGAAUAGGAGUGUAUGUGGAUCAGAGGGCAGGAACCCUGGCCUUCUACAGCAUUUCUGACACAAUGACCCUCCUGCACAGAGUCCAGACCACAUUCACUCACACACUCUAUCCUGGCUUUGCGUUUGGUGGUAAAUCAUCAGUGAAGCUGUUGUGACUGAUUUACAGAUGUCUUUAGCACAUACAUGUACAUUACAUUACAUUACAUUUAGCAGACACUUCUUGACCAAAGUGACUUACAUAUGUCAGCU